AUGUGCCUUGGCGCCAACAAGCUCGUCAGCCUCCUUCAAGGCUGCAACAGCAUGAAAAAGCUCCUCAAAAUUCACGCCCAAACCGUAACCAACGGCUGCCAGCACCACCCCGUCUCCUCCAAGCUCCUAUCCUUCUGCGCCGUCUCGCCCUCCGGCGACCCCUUCCUACGCCACCUCCUCUUCUCCCGUCCAAAACCACGACCGGAAGACUACAACUCCGUCAUCCGAGGCUCCUCGGCGGUGCCCACCCUCUCCUCUUCCCUCUCCCUGUACAACUCGAUGAGGGCGGGCUAGCCCGACCCCGUCACCUUCUCCUUUGUUUUCAAAGCGUGCGAGCGGGCCGCGGAGGGGGGCAAGUGCAGGGAGGUCCACGGGUCGAUCGUCCGCCUCGGGUUCUGUUUUCAUGCCAUCGUGUGCACCAACCUUGUCAGGUGUUACGCGGGAAUCGGGUACCUUGAUGACGCCCGAAAGGUGUUUGCUGAAAUGCCUCACAAGGAUUUGGUCUCUUGGAAUUCGAUGAUUUCAUGCUACGGUAGGAUGGGCUUGCAUGAGGAGGCUUUGAGAUUGUUUAAAGAGAUGAGGGAUUUGAAUGUGGGCCUCGAUGAGUUUACGAUGGUUGGUUUGCUCUCUUCUUGUGCUCAUGUGGGUGCUUUAGGCUUGGGCGAGUGGAUUUACCAGAUUGCAGUGGAGAAUGGGGUUCUGGAGAGGAAUGUGUUUGUGGGUAAUGCGCUUAUCGACAUGUAUGCUAAGUGUGGAUUUUUGGAUGGGGCUCGCCGUGUUUUUGAUAUGAUGUGGAAAAGGGAUGCAUUUACUUGGAACUCCAUGAUCGUUGGAUUGGGAAUUCACGGGCGUGGAGAAGAGGCCAUUUUAUUUUUUGACAGAAUGGUGAUGGCUGGAAUCAAGCCAAACUCAAUCACGUUCCUUGGAUUGUUGAUGGCGUGCGCACACCAAGGCCUAGUCCAAGAGGGUUUCAAAUACUUUCAAAUGAUGAGCUCGGAGUUCAAUUUGAGGCCAGAUUUUAAGCAUUAUGGCUGUGUAGUGGACUUAUUUGGACGCGCCAAUAAAAUUGACGAGGCGGUUCAUAUUAUUAGGAAUUCAAAUUGUGCUGAUGAUCCUGUCCUGUGGCGGACAUUGCUAAAUGCUUGUAGGAUUUAUAAGAAUGUGGAUAUGGGUGAAGUUGCUAUGAGAAAUCUUGUUCAAUUGUCGGCUCAUAAUGCUGGUGAUUGUGCCUUGCUUUCUGAGAUUUAUGCCCACAAAGGAGAUACUAUAAGUUUUGCGAAGAUGAGGAAAAUGGUUAAGAUGCAAGGGAUUAAGACUACACCAGGAUGGAGUUGGAUCGAAGUGAAUGGUACUGUAAGAAAAUUUAUCGUUGGUGAUAUUUCACACCCUGACACAAAAGUGAUUCAUAAGAAGCUCAAGGAAAUAAUAAGCCAGGCAGUUUUGAAAGGUUAUAAUAGCGAGAAAUCUAAGUCAUUGACAGAGGAGAAUUAUAAUGGGGAAUGGAUGGAAAAAAGAGGGGGUUAUCAUAGUGAGAUGCUAGCAAUUGCCUAUGGAAUUUUGAGAUCUCCCGAACAAAUGACUCUUAGAAUUGUGAAAAAUUUGAGGGUGUGUGAGGAUUGUCAUUCUCUGACAAAGUACAUAUCACUAGCUUUUGGUUGUGAAAUUGUUGUUCGUGAUAGGGUGCGGUUUCAUCACUUCAAAGAUGGAUUUUGUUCUUGCAACGACUAUUGGUGAAGUUAUUUUACAAUAAUCAUGUUGGUUCUGAUGAACACAAACUUCCAAAAGGACUAUUUGUGAAGACCUUUUGGGAAUGAGCAACAAACUCAUCGAGAGGGAGCUGGCUCUGGAGUUGUACACUAAUUUAUGAGGCUAUGCAAAAGGAUAGUGUUCUUCUAUUCAAACCUCAUCACUCGCGAAGGACUGCAGGCUGCAAAUUUUCCUUUUGGAGAGUUAGAAAAGGGACUCUGUCCUUGUCUAACAUCUUGUUGAAAGGUUCUGGUUGAUAUUCAGGGGAAUAAUAGUUCAGAAAGUCGUGACCACUAGAGAUCUGGCGUAGCUUCAUAGUAGCCGAACUUUUGGUUUGAGCUUUUGGCUGAGAGGCGUGAUAUGGAGAGCCUCUUCUUUUUGAUGUUACCUUCAGCAUAUUUUAUUUUGUUUUGUAAAAAUGCUUAUAACGGUGAGCUUGUGGGC